UGCACACAUCAAGAAAAACAUAUGCUGGCUGCUCAUUGAUAUAUGUCAGUUCCAUGGUAAUACAGAUUUUAUUUGUCAAGUGUGUUUCCUGGACUCGUUGGUGAUGCUGGAUUAAAUGUGACUUCUACCUCUGUCCGCCCGGAUGUUUAGCUUUAGCACUUUGAUGUCAGUUGGGUAAGAAACAGAAGGUACAAGGGCAGUAUUCAUGAAGAAUAUGCCAGGACUUCAUGAUGAGCUCCAACAGCACAGACCCUGGCCUCUACCUGACCAUCAGCUCCCCAGGAAUGGGCAUCAUCUACCCAGACACCAACACUCUCCACAGGGACCCCUGGCCAGAGCUAACCAGCCCGGAUUACAAGGACUCCUUCCUCAGUGGCCUCUUCAACCUCACAGGCUCGCUCAAUGAGACGGUGACCUCUCUGACCUACGACCCUCUGGGGGGUCACACAGUGUGGCAGGUGGUCCUUAUUGUCUUCCUCACUGGCCUCCUGUCCCUGGUCACCAUCAUUGGCAACAUCCUGGUGGUGGUAUCCUUCAAGGUCAACCGCCAGCUCAAGACUGUCAACAACUACUUCCUGCUCAGCUUGGCCGUGGCUGACCUCAUCAUCGGGGUCAUCUCCAUGAACCUUUACACCACCUACAUCAUCAUGGGCCAGUGGGCCCUGGGCAACUGGGCCUGUGACCUGUGGCUGGCUAUUGACUAUGUGGCCAGUAAUGCAUCCGUCAUGAACCUGCUGGUCAUCAGCUUUGACCGUUACUUCUCCAUCACCCGGCCCCUCACCUACCGUGCCAAGCGGACCACACGGCGGGCUGUUCUGAUGAUUGGCCUGGCCUGGUUCGUGUCCCUGGUCCUUUGGGCCCCAGCCAUCCUGUUCUGGCAGUACUUUGUGGGGGAGCGCACAGUGCCCCCUGAUAAGUGCUACAUCCAGUUCCUCUCAGAGCCCAUCAUUACAUUCUGCACGGCCAUGGCUGCCUUCUACCUGCCUGUCACUAUUAUGAGUGUGCUCUACUGGCGUAUCUAUAGGGAGACACAGAACCGCGCGCAGGAGCUGGCUGGCCUGCAGGGCUCAGGGAGCCGAGGCAGGGGAGGGGAGAGGGCUCACUUCGUCCACCACCAGGCUGGUAGUGCCAGGAGCUGCAGCAGCUACGAGCUGACCCAGUCCUCCCAGAGAAAGAGCCCCGGCAGGGCGCUGGCCGCACGCUUCCACUGCUGGCCCAUGAUGCGCUCCUGGAGGCCUGGCAGCACCCGGCCCGGGGAAGGGGACGCUGACCACAGCAGCAGCGACAGCUGGAACAACAACAAUGCCAGGCUGUCAGUGGACCACUCAGGCUCGUCUGAGGACGAGGAGGGAAACAGUAGAGGGAUGAUGCCUCAGGACCACGCCAUCUUCUCCAUAGUCCUCAACCUGCCGGGGAUGAAGGCAGCCGUCAACUCCCACCUCACCUCCUGCGAGGACCUGGACCUAGCCUCAGAAGAGGACCCCCUGAAGGGGGAGGAGGACAGCCGGGACGGCCUCUCUACCACCACCACUACUACCACCCCUGAUGGGGCCAACACAGACAACAGCAGCUACCACCAACGCUUCCCCUCCCGGAUAUCCAAAGUCCAGUCCAUGCCUGCCCUCCAGGCCACCAGAGUGGGGCCGCUCUCUGGCUCCUCUGCCACCAGCACCAAAUCACCCUCGGCGCCCAUCUCCUUCAAAGACGCAGCUCUAGCCAAGAGAUUCGCCUCCAGGGCACGGACGCAGAUCACCAAGCGCAAGCGCAUGUCUCUGGUGAAGGAGAAGAAGGCGGCACAGACCCUCAGCGCCAUCCUGUUUGCCUUCAUCAUCACAUGGACACCCUACAACAUCAUGGUGCUAGUCAACACCUUCUGUAAUGGCUGCAUCCCCGAGGCUCUGUGGGCGCUGGGCUACUGGCUGUGCUACGUCAACAGCACCGUCAACCCCAUGUGCUACGCUCUGUGCAACAAGACCUUCCGCACCACCUUCAAGAUGAUACUGCUCUGUCGCUGGGACCAGCGCAAGCGGCGGAGGAAGCAGCAGUUCCAGGAACGGCAGUCCGUAGUGUUCCACAGGAGAAUUCCUAAAGACUCAACGUAGCGGGAUAUAGACCCAGUGGGAAUCUGGUGAUGAUGAUGAUGAUGAUGAUGAUGAUGUUAAUGAUGAUGACUCUGGGAUCUGACAGGACAGUGGAUGGAUGAGGCAUCCUAAAGGUUCUGUCUGUGGUUUUUAACUGCACAGAGAUUCCCAGGGAGGCGGCCAUGUUGUUGCUAUGGUGUCUGAUGUUCUCUGUGGAGCCACGACCUCCACAGUGACACAUUCCUCUGUUUCUUCAAGAGAGCGCCCGUGGUGAAAGCUUCCUCUAGAUUGUUCCAGUUCUCAGCAUUUCAGAGAAGUGCAGCUGAAAGGACUGACAGUGAAAACAAAUAGAACAAGGGCUUAAAAUGCAAUGAGGGGACAAUUCAAAGUGCAAUUGAUACCUAGGGAGAUAAUAUGAUAUAAUAUGUGUUAUGGAUUUGGGGUUUUCCAUUUCUUACCAUUUCCUUCUCAGUGGUAGAGCUGUAUCGUACAGAGCAGUUGGGGUUUUCUAAGUAAACUGUACAUCUGUUAUAUCGCAUUGAAAGCCAAGGCCAAAACAUUGUGCGUCAAUAGACUGCAUCAUAUUGAUUUUGAGCUCCCUUUUGGCUAACUGAGCUAGAUUUUUUUGUUAUUUUUUACUCUGACUUCUGUACAUUGCCUUCAACUUGGUUAUAGCUUUCUUGUGUCUUAUAAAAUGAGAGAAUUUAAAACAAAACGGUGUCCAAUUUGUGACAACCGGUGUUUCAAAGUUGAUGGUUAUUUUUGUGUAAUAAAUUGGUCUAUAGAUUUUCGUCUAUAGAUUGUGAGCCAGUCUGAAAAUAUUUCUGAGUACCUCAGUGAGCUGGUAUUGUGUUCAAUGUGUGUUGUGGUUUACAUGCUGGAGACAGUAAGUGCAUCAAUUAAUUCAAUUGUUGUUAAUGUACCAGAGGUUUUUGAAUAAUGGUAAUAUGAUAUUUCUAACUUGAUACCUAAUGAUUAAUUGUACGCUAAAGAGAUCGGUCAUUAUGAAUUGUAAGGUUUUGAUUAUUGGAUAGUAUUUGAAAAGGUUUCUCCAUUUCUUCUCACUGGCUGUCCAAAUGUAAUUCCCUAAGUAAAAGAUUGGUCUGUGGUCUCUAGAUGAAGUCUCUAGCUCCUAGAGGAUUUGGCAGUGCCACAGCAGCAUCUGCUGGAUGAAUAGAAUUCUACACUCUAGUAACUUCCAGCUUACUUCCAUCAGGGAAAUGCUGUUGUGGGUCCAUAAGACAGUGGGAGAUUCAGUUUUGGAUCAAAGUCUGUCCUCCACUCCUCCGUCCUCCUCUCCUCGGUGACACGGAAACCGAAAAGAGUUUCAAUUCAGAGGAUGCUCAGCUGCAUCCUUACACGGAAGAGUUUUGAAAUCUGCCACACCCCCUUUGAAACAGCAGUUGUUUUCUCAGAGGAGAAAAGCAUGCACACAUUUAAAAAAGGAUGUGUUACUUAUCCUUUUAUCUAUAAAAUGUCUAGUUCAACUCGCUACAUGUUUAACACUUUACACUGGUAUUUUGGGAUUCCACCCCUGUAAACAUAAUUUGCAUGAUGAUGCGUUAGAGAGAGGAUAGUCUCAUUUCAUAUAAGCGUCAUGUUUCCACAUUCUCUUCUUGCCUCCUCGCCUCAAUUCUCUAUGAGCUUUUUCUAAAGGAAGUGAGGAGAGGACGGAAGAGAGGAAUCUAGGAAAUCCAACGGAGAUUCUCCCAUAGAAUCCCAUAGCUGAGAAUAGCUAUGAAACUUAAAAGAAAAUGUUUAGACUAGCUUAGCCCUGCUACAUAUAGCAUAUGGAUGGUUAGACUAGCUUAGGCCUGCUACAAAUGGCAUAUGGAUGGUUAGACUAGCUUAGCCCUGCUACAUAUGGCAUAUGGAUGGUUAGCCUAGCUUAGGCCUGCUACAAAUGGCAUAUGGAUGGUUAGACUAGCUUAGGCCUGCUACAAAUGGCAUAUGGAUGGUUAGACUAGCUUAGCCCUGCUACAUAUGGCAUAUGGAUGGUUAGACUAGCUUAGCCCUGCUACAUAUGGCAUAUGGAUGGUUAGACUAGCUUAGCCCUGCUACAUAUGGCAUAUGGAUGGUUAGACUAGCUUAGCCCUGCUACAUAUGGCAUAUGGAUGGUUAGACUAGC